UUAUUUUAUUUAUUUAUUUAUUUUUAUUUUUUUGAAAAGUAAGAAGUCAGCUGGCCGUAAUGUUUCCAUAAAUUAAUAUUUUAGGCGUGUAAAUCGCUCACUUUCACUUGUGAGUGAAAUUAAUGAACUAUGACUCGACCGGCGUGACGACAUCUACAUCAACUUGGGAACUUGCAGAAAAAGUCAUCAAAUUAAUCAGUGAACGAAUCCUUUGGCGAGCUAAUUCAAAGAAUUCGCAAAUGAGUCAAAAUCUCCAGUAUUUUCAGAUUUGAGGAUCCCCGGGCUGCAGCCAUAGCUUGACAUUUUCGGGUUUUUCCAAAUUCGCAACGCAGCACUGCAGGUCCGUUCACAGCCACCGUAGAGGCAAGGUGUACGCACGCGCCCAUCUCAAAUCAACAAUGGCGGCCUCCUCUGUCGUGUGUAGGUUACGUUACAGGGGGUUAAGAGGGCUUGGUAGAUUUUGGUUUGGUUUGGAACCUCAAACGCAAGGAAGAUUCACCUCGACUGCAUCGGCACAGAAAGAGAAUACGACAGCGAAAGCCGCCAAGGAGAGUAAAACAUUUCAAGCAAUCCAAGAGGAGAGAAGAGAACAAGCUGAAAGAUCGGUUUUGAUCAGCUGUCCGUCUAAGAUCAACGAAAAGAAGUUUUUAGAUUACCUGUCUAAACAUGGGACGAUCAACAAGCAUUUCUUCUACAAUAGCUACGGAGCAUAUGCAGUGGUUGAAUUCUCCAGCAGAGAGAGCAUUGCCUCGUUGAAGGAGAGCAUUAAUAUACCAGCUGUUGAGCAUGAAGCUGCAGUGCCUUUCAAAUCUCGCCUGCUCUCAUUCAAAUGGCCAGGCAGCCAGUCAAGCAGUCAUCCCAUGCCGAAGUUCAAAGUGCAGUCCCCUCCAUCCAUCAAUGAAAUCAACCAACUGCUCUCAGAAAAGGACAGUAUAGAUGAGCAACUGCAGUGUCUGACAGAGGCCUUAGAGCUCACAGAAGAGAACGUCAGUCUGCGCUUUCUUGUUUGUUCUCUACUUCGAGACAUAACUGGUGCAUAUUUCCCAGAAUGCAUCAUCAGGCCUUUUGGCUCCACUGUCAACAGCUUUGGCAAACUGGGCUGUGAUGUCGACAUGAUUCUGGACCUCGAGGGCAUCUAUGCAACAAGCCAGAAAAAGGGCUCAGGACUGUCUCUGGAGUACCAGGUGAAGAGAGGAGCAUCAGAGCGGGCUGUGACCCAGAGUAUCCUCUCAGUCAUUGGGAAAUGUGUAGACCAGUUCGGCCCUGGAUGUGUGGGAGUCCAGAACAUUCUCCAAGCUCGAUGUCCACUUGUCCGCUUUUCUCACCAGCCCUCUGGCUUUCAGUGUGAUCUCACUGCAAAUAACAGGGUGGCGAUGAAGAGUUCAGAACUGCUGUUUCUCUACGGUCAGCUGGACCCUCGUGUUCGGCAUCUGGUGUUUGGUGUGCGGUGCUGGGCUCGGGUUCAUAGCAUCACAAGCAGUAUUCCAGGAGCAUGGAUCACCAACUUCUCUUUAACGGUCAUGGUAGUGUUCUUUCUACAGCAGAGGAAUCCUCCCAUACUGCCCACACUGGACCGACUGAAGGAGCUGGCAGGACCAUCGGAUAAGUGUGUCAUUGAGGGUAAUGACUGCACUAUUGUCAGUGACCUUAGCAAGAUUACACUGCAGCAGAACACAGACACAUUAGAGAAACUAUUGCAGGAAUUCUUCGAGUUUUAUGGCAAUUUUCCCUUCAACAAGGCAUCGAUCAAUAUCAGGAAGGGAAAGGAGCAGACCAAACCGGAAACGACAGCUUUGUAUAUCCAGAAUCCAUUUGAAACCACUCUAAACAUUAGCAAGAAUGUUAAUGCAACACAGCUAGAACGUUUCGUGGCACUUUGUCGUGAAAGUGCUUGGCUUCUCCAGCAGAAGGAAAUUCUUAACCGAAGUUCAGACUCACCAUGGGGGUUCGCCGCACUUCUCCUUCCUUCAGUCACCUCGGGAGCAGGGGUGAAAAGUCGCAGGAAGAGAAAACUGGAACCGGCUAGUUCAAGAAUAAAGAACUUGUUAGACUCUCUGAAGAUUAAAGGUGGUGAAACUGUUGCAAAGAAAGGAAGUGCAAACUCUAGUAGCUGAUAUGGUGAAUAAAUUUCACUCCCCCCGAAGAACACAGGAAAAGUCUUCUGAAGAACGAAUUCAAAUGACCAACAUGCCCAAAGAGUGGCACAAACGGGAAGUUUAUAUAUUUCUACAGUCAGAAUCUGUGAGCCUUUUAAGAAAUGUUUAAAAAACUAAGCUCAGUUUCCGUUCUACUCAAGUAUUUCACAUUAAAGAGAAACUUUGUAGAUUCCAACAUGAUAUACCAUAGGAAGAAGAGGUCCACUGCGGUCUUUGACUCCUAGAAAAAAGGAGUUUAAUGGUUGAUCUGAUAACAACAAUCAUUGCGGUUUCCGAAGAAGUGGAGCAGAAGCUCUGAACACUAAACAGCUUGCGUGGAACAGUUGUGAUUAUGUUAGAUCACACACAAACUCCAUCUUUUCUGAGUUGCCAUAUCAAUACAAUGGCCUAAUGACUCUAUGUAAAAGCAAAGGUCAUGUCAUGUUUUUACAUCAGUAUCAUGGUGUUGUGAGAAUUGCAAAAAGAAUAAACAGUCAACAUAAACUAAAUAAUGUUUUAUAAGGUAUUAAAACAAAGUAACGUUCAGACCA